AUGUUUAACAAGAAACUCUUUCAUCGUAAAGACAACGAGUCUAGAAAGAAGAGAGACGGCCGAGAUGAUCAAAGAGAGGCACCAAGGGGAGGCUCAAGAGCUUCAUCUCGAGACAACCGCAACAUUCCUCGAUCUGACAUGACCUCCAACUAUCGAGAACACAUGAGGUAUCUUAAACCUGUCCUCAAACGUUUCGCAGUCAUGCCUGGAUUGUCGAAAGAUGCUGGUAUUCUCUUACAGAAGGUACUAGAUCUUUUCAAAAUGUUACGCGAGAACAAUGAAUCGCUAUUUGGGCAUAGCAAGAUAGGAGGUGACUGUGUAAAGGAAAUCGAGAAGAAUCUUGCAAACUCUCAGAAAAUUCAACGGAGGAUUGAUAAAUAUAUCAAGAAUGAAGAAAAAAAACUCAGGGAAGAAGGACCGAUGCAGAAAGAAGGGAACAUAAAGGCUUUUGAAGAAGGGUUUAAAGAAGUACAUAAGUGUUCACCUGAGACAUGGGAGGUCAGAAGAAUAAUAGAAAAAAACACGGAUGAUUUAGGGCUUAUCAUCGCUGAAUAUGAUGAGCUUCUCAUAUCAGAAAAUUGUAUAGAGGACGAUUAUAACAAACAAGUAGUAGAGAAACUUAUUUCAAGGUCUUCGAAACUCAAAGCAAAACAUGAGGAAGCACUAUCUAUUCUUGCGAAAGAUGAUCCUCAAACGCAGAGCAGGGAAUCGAGGAGUGAUACGCGGGUUCCUAGACCAAAUAAUACUAGGAACUAUACGGGGCAUGCUCGUUGA